AACUGCGUUCUUCCUCUACAAUAACAGAACCAGUAAUCUCAAAUUGUAGUCAAAAUCUCAUCUCUAUUGCAAGGAUGCUCCCAACUAAACCAUCUCAAACAAGUUCAUUCCAAGUUGCUCCUUUAUGGGAUCCAACAUGACUCAAUUAUCUACCAGAAUUGCCACCUUGUUUGUUUCCUUCGGCUGCAUCGACUCUGCAAAUCUCAUAUUCGAGCGGACACACAACCCAGGUAGCUUCCUAUGGAAUAUCAUCAUAAGGGGUUUUGCCACUCAAGCCCGGUUUGUCCAGUCCUUGAAAUUGUACGCCAAGAUGUUCCAUUCCGGUCUCAGACCCGACAAGUUUGCUUUACCUUUCGCUCUCAAAUCUUGUGCUGGAUUAUCCAAUUUGCAGAUGGGGAAACUAAUACACCAGCACCUGAUUUGUUGCGAGUGCAGUAAUGAUCUCUUCGUUAAUGCUGCUUUGGUCGAUAUGUAUACGAAAUGUGGUGAAGUUGAAAUUGCCCGUUUGGUGUUUGAUAGAAUGGAGGUGAGAGACUUGGUUUCGUGGACUUCCAUGAUUUCCGGAUAUGCCCACAAUGGUUACAAUAGUGAGACUUUGGAUUUUUUCGAUCUCAUACGAUUUUCAAUGGUGAAACCCAACCGGGUGAGUCUCUUGAGCGUUCUGUUGGCUUGUGGUAAUCUAGGAGUUCUUAGGAAAGGCGAGUGGUUUCAUAAUUAUGCCAUCCAGAUAAGUUUUCAAUCUGAUAUCUUGGUUGCAACUGCGGUGAUGGACAUGUAUGCCAAAUGUGGGAGCCUGGAUUUGGCCCGCUCUUUGUUUGAUCAAACCAUGGUGAAAGAUGUUGUCUGUCGGAGUGCUAUGAUUGCGAGCUACGGAAUUCAUGGUCAAAGCAGAGAGGCAAUUGGCCUUUUCUCACAGAUGGUAGAAGCAGGUGUGAAUCCCAAUCAUGUCACCUUCACUUCUCUUCUCUCUGCUUGCAGCCAUUCUGGCUUGUUAGGAGAAGGGCAGAUGUACUUUGAAUUAAUGAGCAAGGAGUUCAGAAUUGUGCCAGAGCUGAAGCACUAUGCUUGCAUGGUGGAUCUUCUUGGCCGUGCCGGACGAUUCUAUGAAGCUGAGAAGCUUAUAGAGAAUAUGCCAGUUGAACCUGAUUCAAGUAUUUGGGGAUCUUUGCUCGGUACUUGUCGAAUUUAUGGUAAUCUGGAUUUAGCAGAGAGAGUUGCAGAUAGAAUUUUCAAUUUGGACCCUACUCAUGCUGGUUAUCAUGUUCUUCUUUCGAAUAUAUAUGCUGCUGAAUCCAAAAACCUACAACUUCUUUCUCUUCUUCUUCUUCUCAUUUUCUCCUUCUCUUCUGUUCCUUGCUGCUGAAUCCAUAAAUCUUCUUUUAUUUUCUUGAUUUUUUGGUUAUUUCUUUAAUUUGCUGAUUAAAUACU